GACUCAAAGGCUGGAUCUGUGGCAUCAUUUCAUUGCAAUCCAGCCCACAUGCAUCCAGCAGCGACUUUGUGCCAGCGGCUGGGCCCAUACAAAUCAAUCAGGGGCAGUUUCUGCCCUCGAAAUCUCACAAUAUUUUCAAAGCUUCUUGUAUCUCAGUGUUGAAUGUUUUUGCUUAAAUGAAGGUCUUCCCUGACCCCCGCAGUGAAUGGAAGUGACUCCUUGCUUGUCUCAGCUCCUGAUGAUGCUCAACCUGUGUCCCCAGGAAAAUGAGGGGCCCAGUGGACCCAGGCCUGGAAGUCAAAACCCCAAAACACCAGUGGGCCCCGUAGAUGGGCCAUCAAGAGGAGGUGACUGCAUUGCAAAUGGCCCGGAUUCCCAGUUUGUGGGAACAAAGAAUGCUUAGAGUUGCCUGUACUCCCAUUGUGGCUCCCAAGGAUGAGAAUGUCCAUCUAAAGCCAAGGCAAAGGGAUGUGCGCACGAGCGCCACCUGGAGGAACAAUGGAUCCCUACAGAGACAGUUUACCGAGAGCCAACCCCAGAAGCAGGCACUUGUCACUCUUUUUAUUACCUGCUUUAUCCUUCCACGUUGGGCCGUGUGCAUUUGUUGUACUGUGGCAAUUGGAUUGUAAGCUCCUGGAGAACAGACUUUGGUCUUUAGAGGAUGCACAGGCGCAUAUACCUUGAUAACACCAAGCGAAAAGCGAAGAAGCGAGCUGCAACGGAUGGCUGCGAAAGAGCUGGAGGACCUGGAGAGGUGGAAGGAGCAACAGAGGGCAAAGCCCAUUCACCUGGAGCCCAGGCGGUUAGGUGGAAGCCAAUCAGAGGCUGAAGUCAGGCAGAGACAACAACUCCAGCUGAUACAAUCUAAAUACCAGAAAAAGCUAAAAAGAGAAGAACAGAUAAGACUCAAGAAGGAAGCUGAAGAAGCUGAAAUCCAAAAAAUGAAGGUCAUUCAGAGAGAGAAGAGCAAUAAACUAGAGGAGAAAAAACGACAUCAAGAAGAGCUCAGAAGAGAAGCUUUUAGAGAGCAUCGACAAUACAAAACUACUGAGUUCUUGAGAAGAAUCAGCACAGAGUUGCCACCCAGAAGUACCUGUCCAGAGGCUCUUGGUGACUCACAGUCUUCAGCUUGGGCCAGAAGCCGGGCAUAUAUGGAUUCUCGAAAGGAAGAAGAAAAUCAAAAAUUGCAAAAGAUGAAGGAAGAACAACAUCAGAAGAGUGAAUUACUGGAAUUUAAACGACAGCAACAGGAGGAAGAAAGAAUUAAAACCCACCAGGCUGAACGCAGAAGGGUAAAUAAUGCCUUCCUGGACCGACUCCAAGGCGAAAGUCAACCAGGUGGCCUCCAGCACUUUGGAGGCUAUUGGAAUAUGAAUAGUGGUAACAGCUGGGAUAGAUGAGAAAUAUUUGAGUCCAUCUGGCCUUUGUCAAGUGACCUUGAAAAACUGCAUGAGAUGCUUUUUCUUCAGGCAGCUUUGUUCAGCCUCACUGUUUUUACCUUGACUUCACUGUUGAGCAUCUGGGGGUGGCUGGUUUCUCCCUGUCAUUCGUUACGCGUGUUUGCAGGAACUGAUUGCAGAACUCAUAUUUAAUCUCUACUGCCAGUGAAAUGUUAUGUUAUUUUUCUAAUUGGUUUCACCUCUUACUGGAAGGCUAAUUACAGCCCUAUUAGUAAGAUGGAAAGGGGGGGAAACUUUGGGUGCUUUCAGGUUCCUGGGAGCUGUGGGCGCUGCAUGCCUGUCUCUCUGAACAGCCAAUUCUUACCUGAUUCUCAGAUCAGGUUGUGGGGGGCGGGGGGUGGGUGCAGGAGUAGCUUUGGCUUCAGUAGAUUUGCAUGCAAGGCACCAAGGUGAGCAAGCGAAAGGAAAGAAAUCUUUUAUAUGCUCUUAAACAAACUUAUAAAUAAAA